AUGAUACGAGGAAAAACAAUAUCUUAUUCAUCUUUUAAAAAGAAAGAACGCAGUAGGGAAGAAGAAGAACUAGAAAGUCAAUUGAACAAUUUGAACAAUAAUGAAAAUAUCAAUGAUAAAAGGGAAGAAAUUACACAUAUUGAACUUCAGUUAAGGUCUUUAAGAGAAUCUAGAAUAAAAGGGGCAAUAAUGAGAGCAAAAGCAAAAUGUCAGUAUGCUGAUGAUUCGACUUUGAUCCUGGAUGAUAGUGAAGAAUCUCUCAACAGUGCUCUAGAUAAGAUAGACUUGUUUUACUCAUGCUCUGGUUUGAAGGCUAAUUUUGAAAAAACCCAAGUUAUAUGGAUUGGGGCAAAAAGGGGCUGUGGUGAGGAGCUAAACACAAAUAAAACAAUAAUAUGGAACCAUUCAGGAAAUUUCAAACUCCUAGGCAUUCAAUAUUGUUUGUCAAAAGUUGAUAUAUGUGUUGAUAAUUAUUUAGAAAAAAUUCAAAAAGUAAAAAAUCUUUUAAGUGAUUGGUCAUUCAGAAAUAUUACUAUAUAUGGGAAAAUUGUAGUUGUGAAAACUCUCGCCCUACCAAUUCUAAUUCAAUGUUUUACUGUUUUACCAGAUCCAUCCCCAGAUAUAUUAAAGCAGUUACAAGCUAUGCUAUACAGAUUUGUGUGGGAUGGUAAAGGGGACAAAAUUAAAAGAAAUAUACUUAUCUCAAAUUACGAGGAUGGUGGUGUAAAAAUGCCACAUAUUGAAUCAUUUAUAAAAUCACUUAAGUUAUCCUGGGUUAAAAAAGUUUUAGACCCCACAAAUUAUUCCUCAUGGAAAGUUCUAUUGGCAGAUCACCUUGAAAUGAAUGGUGGAGAAAAUAUGUGGCAUCUAUCAAAAUCAGCACUCAAUGAAAUUAAAAAAGAAUUUAACCCUUUUUGGCAAAAUGUAAUUUCAUCAUAUGCCUCACUGUGUGAACCUCUGACCACAGCCCCAAGUGAUAUCUUGUCUCAACCAUUGUUUUUAAAUGAAAAUAUUAUGAUUGAUGGAAAAACAGCUUUUUAUAAAAGGUGGAUACAGAAUAAUGUAUUUUUCAUAAAUGAUCUCAUUCAGGAAAAUGGAGAAUUUUACAAUUAUGAUGGAUUUAUUAGAAAUUAUAAUAUAAAAACAACUUUCUUAGAGUUCUAUGGACUAAUCUUGGCUCUUCCAAAGGAAUGGAAGAAUAUAAUUCAUUCACAAGUAUUUAUCAAACUAAAUAUUGUCAGUCACAAAAUUGUUACCGCCAUAAAAACAGUUGAUAAAGUAUCAAAACAUUUGUAUAAAUUUUUUCUAGAGAAAAUAAAGGAAACCCCAUCACGCAUACAAGAGAAAUGGAAAAUAAAAUUGGGAAUAGAUAUUGUGGCCGAAGAAUGGAAUUAUUUUUUUAGUCUUCCUUUACUUAUAACUGAAGAUCCCACAUUAAGGGCAUUUCAAUACAGAUUACUCCAUAGAAUUCUAGGAACAAAUAUUUUACUUAUGAAGUAUGAGAUUUGA